GGGCAGGCCUUUAUAAAAAGCUAUGUUUUUGGAGCUGGUAUACACAUAUGCACAUGGAAAUAUUUAUGUCAAUGUAAGGUCCAUUUCAGUUCACCAGCUGAGUUAUGUGCAUGAUUGUUUGUCAAAGCCACCGCCCACAGGAGAUUAAUCAUUUCUUGGCAACAACCCUAUAGUAUGGAACAUACCUACUGCGAAGGGAUGUGGGGCCUCUUCCUACAUUCUACAUAGCUUCAUGUCACUCUUUGUUAUUAGCUACUUCUGCUCCUACAGAACACUGUGAGGGUACUGGGCCUGGAAUGCCAGAGAGUUUCCGAUGUUCACGAAGUCACAAGAAUCAUCUGUGCAUGCAACAAGCGACGUACUACUGCAGAGACUGACAUCAACAAACGCAGCAGUCGCUCACAUGCUGUGCUCUGUCUCAACAUUGAGACUAGAACAAAUGACACUGCAAAAGUUGCAUCACUGAACCUAGUGGACCUAGCAGGCUCUGAGAGCCUGGAUAAGACUGGGACAGUGGAGAAGGUGAGGAUGGAGGAGGCCAAAUACAAUAACAAAAGCCUCCUCACCCUCACCCAAGUGAUUGCCAGGCUCUCCAGGGGCAAGCCCAGUCUCCACAUCCCAUACCGGGACUCAAAGCUCACCCACAUUCUAAAGAAAUCCUUGGGAGGAAACGCAAAGACAGCUAUUAUCUGCACCAUUACACCUGCAGAACACAAUGAAACAGAACUAACCCUUAAAUUUGCACUAUCAGUGAAGAAGGUAAAGAACAGGCCAGUAGUGAAUCACCUCUUUGACAACAGUGAAGAAAGACUUAGGAAGAAGGUGAAAGAUCUAGAGGAAAAACUAAGACAUACUGAGAGAGAGAUGGAGAGGAAGGAGAGGCAGAUGGAGAGG